AUGGGUUUUAUAAUAUCUCAACUAAUGACCGACUUGAGCCUGAACCAGCAAGAGGGCGAAGGAGAGCGGAAACAGGAAACGGAGAAAAAAGAACCUGUGGAAGUCGAGUCGAAGAAAGCAAAGGCCGCCAUAAAUGAAAAGGAGGGCUUUAAUUUACAAAAGCUAAUGAUUUCGUUGAACCUGUCAGCCGACAACUUUAAAGUAUUUAAAGACUUGUUCGAAAUCGCAGCGCAUAAGCGCACAAACCAUUUAGAUAUGCAAAAGUUGGUGUAUUUGAUCAAUUUAUUGGAAGGAGAAGCAGAAAAGUUGUCUCAACCGUACCACAUCGGAGCAACAAAUAUUCAGGUUGCCGUCAGCCUUUAA